CUCAUCCACCAUUAUUCAAAUUUCCUAUUUUCGAUUUUUUCAUCGUUGAAAUUUAAUUCAAUGACUAGUUACAAACAACUUGAAGUUCAAUUUGAAGAACCAAAUCCAAAAAAAUGGUGUGUUCCAUUAAAAGAAGAUGUGUUUGUGAAAUUCAUGAACAAAGGGAAUUUUAUAACACAUAAGGCUUUGUGUGAAGGUUCACUUUUUAGUCCACUUUUGUUUGGCAAAUUUUUUGAUCCUUCUGAUGCAUUUCCACUAUGGGAAUUUGAUUCAGAUGUGUUAUUAUCCAAUGCAAAAAGUUCCAAUAAUAAUCAGUACAAAGUUGAUUGGAUUCAAACAGAGACAGAUUAUGUGUUGAAAACAGAAAUUCCAGGUGUUGGUAAAGGUAUCAUUUGUGUCUCCGUUGAGGAUGGAAAAGUUUUAGAGGUAAGUGCCCAAUUGAGGCUGAAAGUAGAGACAGGGACGAAGGACUGGAGAGCGGGAAAUUGGUGGGAACACGGCUGUGUUCGGAGGAUUGAGCUGCCUGAAAAUGCAGACUGGAAGAAAACAGAGGCACUAAUGAGUAAUGGUGAUCACAAAUUCUUAGAAGUUAAAAUUCCAAAGAUCCCUCCAAAUAUUUGUGAUGUACCUUGAGGGAAGCAACUAUAAAAGGGGCAAAUAAAGAUUAUUUCUAGCUUUUCUAACAGAGAUGUAUAAAAUGUAAUUGAUAUUUUGGAGGAUUAUAUAUUGAUCAACAAAAGAAACUAAAUAGUUAAAUAUAAUGUAUCAUUUGGGAAGAUAUAUAUAGGAACAUGCUUGACAU